GGAAAUGUAAUUUUACCAUCCGGCUUUACCGGCACCAGCUGAGAUGAGCGCCUACUUGGCCACAUUUAUCUGUUUAUAAGGCAAUUUCUGUUUGAAAACAUCGAUCGAUAUACACUAUCAGUAUCAUGGCAUCUACAAGGAUACUUUUCUUCAUGCUCAUCUGGUUUGCCUUGCUGUACUUUGGAGGAAUGUAUCUUUUCACGAAAGGUUUUCUUUUAACUCGAAUAGAGAUUGCUGAAAAGAGCGAGAGCGUGUGUGGUAACUCCGCCAGAGCUCCAGGCGCGGGACAUGGCAGUGGUCCGGGUGAAGCCGCUGCGGAUUCGUGCACCCAUGUUCGAUUCAAAAGAGCUGUAGUAUUGCUUAUUGAUGCUUUGAGAUACGACUUUACACUGUUUAACACGAGCCUCCCAUCAUCAGAAGCUGCUCCUUUUCAAAAUAAAAUGCCAGUAAUUCAUGAAACGGUUACAAACUUUCCCGAACAGUCCAUCUUGUUCAAGUCGCUAGCUGAUCCUCCUACCACAACUUUACAGAGACUGAAAGGUAUCACAACUGGUAGUCUUCCAACAUUUGUAGAUGCCGGACAAAAUUUUGCUAGCUUUGAAAUAUCAGAGGACAACAUCGUUGACCAACUUGUGCAAGCAGGAAAGAGAGUCACAUUCAUGGGUGACGAUACAUGGAUGACGCUCUUCAACAAGAAAUUUAAUAAAGCAUUUCCCUUUCCUUCUUUCAAUGUUAAGGAUUUGCACUCUGUGGAUGAAGGAAUUCUGACUAAACUGCUACCUGAAAUUAGGAAGAAAGACUGGGAUGUGGUGAUCGCUCACUUCCUCGGCGUGGAUCACUGUGGUCAUUCUCUUGGUCCGUACCACCCUUCGAUGGGGAAGAAAUUGACCCAGAUGAACUCUGUGAUUAAAUCUGUAAUGCAGAGCUUGGAAGAUGACACCAUCUUGUUUGUUCUUGGUGAUCACGGAAUGACAAAAUCAGGAGAUCAUGGGGGAGACACUCCAGAGGAACGCUCUUCUGCAAUUUUCAUGUACAGUCCAAGGAAGAUCUUUGCUAAGAGGGAUAUCAUGGCCAAGAGGAUACCUGAUGUUGUCUCUCAGAUUGACUUUGUACCAACCCUCUCCCUUCUGCUGGGUGUCUCGAUCCCAUUCUCAAAUCUUGGAGCAAUCAUUUCUCCUCUUUUCUCAAUUGGUCCACCAUCAGUACAAACUACUAAAGCACCCAGCUCUCCAGACAAUCAACAGUAUAUAAAACAUAGAUUAUUUGCAUCUAGAAUCAAUGCCAAACAGAUUCAUCAUUACAUUACAACCUACAACAAAGUAGCUGGGGAUUUCCCUGCGGAAGUUUAUUCCCAGCUAGAAACUCUUUAUCAGAAAACAGAAGAUCAGAUGGACCUCUUGGAAGCUCUCAUGGCUGCAGAAUCUAUGUCGGCAGUCACAGAGGAGUCUCUACUUGACUUGGAAGAACACUUCCUGGAGUACAUCCUCGGUGUCAGGGAGAUGUGUCGUAGUGUAUGGGCCAAGUUUGAGAUGGUCUUUGUCUAUCAAGGACUUGGUCUUAUGAUACUGACCAUCAUGAUGGGUGUGUCGAUCGUCACCUUGCAACAUUAUACUGAACCAGAAAAGAUGGAUGAUCUUCUGCAGAGUCUGAUCAAGCAGCUAGUCACCUGGACAGUGUGUGUUAGUGUUUCUGGCUUUCUGCUCUCACAGAGUACCAUCUUGUCAACAGCCACUUGUCUGAUCUUCAUCCCAGGUUUCACAUCGAUUCUCAUCAUGAUGCUUCAACUGUUUUUAGAAGUGUCCAAUAUCAGUGUGUCCAGGUUAUUGGGGUCUUUAACAUUUACAUCUGUAUUUAAAGCCUUAUUAGUAAUAUCACCAAUAGUUUUGCACAGUGCUUUCCUUACAUCUAAUAGUCAUGUUAUCAAUGAGGGACGAGCAAUAGUGUUCUUUGUACAAUCAAUAUUAACAUUUUACGUGUUAGUGUUUUCACUUCAAAACUACAAGUCAUUUUAUUCAGAAAAAGAACAUGGAUAUAUGAAGAGUAACUUCAGAUUAAAAAAGUUUAUAUCAAGUCCAGCUAUGCGUAUGAUCAUGCUUGGACUGGCAGCGUUAGUGUGUGUAAGAUGUAGUAGUUUGUUUGUCUCCUGCCGGGAAGAGCAGUAUUGGUGCUCUCCCUCAGAUUUCCUUCCACCAUUAUCUCUCAUACCAUCGGAACAGUCCAGUUUACGGAGCUACCGAUUCUUACUUUCUAUUGGCUCUGUUGCGGCUAUUCCAUCUGCCCUCAUCUACCACCUGUCGCAGCAAGGUAACUUGAGUAACCUGUCAGGACAGGUGUACUCCAUCCGCUAUGCAAUCCCUCUAGCCAGUGUCUGCAUCUGUAUGUUCUGGGGACAACAGGCACUUCCUGAGAAGCUGCGAGAACAGUCUCCAGAAUGGCAACAGGUAGUAUUUCCUCAGGUCGCAUACGUUAUGAUCGCAGUAGCUGUCAUCCUGCAGUGGGGAUUUCCUCUAAACCUUCUCCUUGUGAGGAGACCAUCCAAAUCUACACAAGGAAUCCUUUCCCAGAGUGAUGUCUCAGUGCACUCAGAUGAAGAUACAGUUUCUGAAUUCGGUGAUACUGCUAAUAAAGGAGUCUCAGAACGUUCUAAAUCUUCAAGGACUGCUGAAGACUCUGACACUGAGGAGCAACCCCCAUUGGUGUAUGGACUUGGAACAGUCUUCAGUGCCACGUAUUUGCAUAUUCUUGUCUCAAUGGUUCUCCUUUUAUCUCUCCUGAAUGCGGAUGGCAUAGCCAGCUCUAUACUCCUUAUGGUGGUUGAGAUGGUUCUUUUCUUGGAGAUUUAUGCUGCUACAAGGAGAAAGCAAUUGACUGCACUAAGAGCAAUGCCAGAAUUGUAUAAAAUGGGAUUCUAUGUAGUCCCAUGGUAUGUUAUAGGUGUCUGGUCCCUCAUUGCAUCACAAUACUUCUUUGCUACUGGACACCAAGCUACAUUCACCGCUAUCAAGUUUGAAUCAGCUUACGUCGGAUUUAACAGUGACUUUCCUCGCUACCUCUACUUCAUUCCAGCUACAUUAGUCAGUCUCAAUACAUUUGGCUCACAGAUUUUCUUUGCUGCCAUGCUUCCUCUGAUUCUCAUAUGGCCGUUCACACGUGGUCUCUGGGUGACAGGGAAUAAAGUCGUCACUGAGGAUGAACAACAGGGAGAGCUCAAUCUUCAUACUAACUCAGAUCAAGCUAUGAGGGCGCUGUUUCAGAUAUCUACCAUGUUCCUGAUCUUCCAGGCUUGUGAUCUUGUAGGUACAAUGGUGGCAGCAGCCGUCCUUCGUCGUCAUCUGAUGGCUUGGAAUGUCUUUGCUCCAAGGUUUAUCUUCCAGGGCGUGGCCUUUGGUGUAACCGUUCCAUCCGUUCUCAUCACAUUCCUCUUCUUCGCCUACAUGCAGCGGUGUCUGGCCACAUGGAUCAGCAGAAUCCAGUCUUGAAUGAUGCCAAAGCCCCCUUUUCUAAAUUUGUUCUCAAGCAUUUCACUAGCUCUUAAUUGCAGCGCAGUAGAAUAUAUGCACAUAGUUUCUGCGCUAUAUAAAUCAGUAUAGAUUAAAGAGACAGAGUUAUCUACCUUUGUUCUGUUGUGCAUGAACUACAUCUAUCUUUUAAAAUAACUAGAUCCAAUAUAUUGCUAUACACACGCGUGGCCAAAUUAUUUCCAAACACCCCUAAACAAGUUUUUCUCUGUGUGCAAAAUAACCCCCUAAACAAGUGUUUCGCAGGCUUUAUUGACACAUUUUGGCCCCUAAACAAGUUGUCGCCAGAAUAUGACCCCGGGAAAAAAGCUUAGGGAAAAAAAACAUACCCUAAACACGUUUGGCUAGUCUUAAAAAAAGCUUUGGAAAAAAACAUACCCUAAAUACGUUUGAUCCUGCGAUUGACCAUUGACCAGUCUUUCAAAACUACCCCCUUUUUUUUUAAAUUGGAGUUUUUGAUACCCUUAAUGAGUAAACGCGCGGCCCUCGUCCAAAACUGAAAAAACACCCCUUUCAACACGUUUUUGUUGGUCACGCGCAAUAUAUAUUUGACUGCCCCCCCCCCCCCCCCGGGACCAUGCUGUGAUCAUGAUUAUUGUAUUGAUGAACAUGAAUUGAAUGAUCGUCAUGUUCAUAAUGAUAUUGCUCUUGGUGCUAUUGGUGAUGUUGAUCAUCGUUAUACUACAACAUAGGGUCAUUCCAUCUGGAUUCACCCAGUGGUUGCACCCGACCGUCUCAGAAUUUGUUGUAAUUUGGUACAUAUAAAAUUCACCAUGGCCCAGGUACAAAACAAAAAAAUAAGUCCAAUUGGUCCGUCGGUUCUCGCACUACGGCCCGCCCUUUUCUCCUUGUUUUGACAAAAAUGGGCGUGACCUUCAACUUUCAAUGGCCACUGCGUCGUAAUGUGUCGACCAAUUUUCAUGAAACAGGUACCAUUUAUUAGGAAAUUCAGAGAGGAAUCCAAAACAUGCAUCAAAUAAUGUAUUGGAGCGAUUUAUAAGGUCAUGACCUUUGACCUUUACUUUGACCUUGAGUUUGACCCCCGGACAAAUAAUUUUUUAACUUGAUUUUCGUGUAUGUUAAUAAUUUGUAUGAUAUUGACAAAAUAUGUUAAAACCAAUGAUGAUAUUUUAUGUCUUCACCUUUUAAAACU